CGUUGGAGUACGGUAUUUCAUGUACAUUCAACCUAUUUGCUUUCUUUGAGAGGUAUGCAUCCUUCAUCUCUUCACGAAACAUUGCCAAAAUGAGUAUUAUGGAAUAUAAUGGUGGAUCCUGCGUAGCCAUGACAGGAAAGAACUGCGUGGCUAUUGCAUCUGACUUACGAUUGGGAGUACAAUCUAUAUCCUUGGCAAAUAACUUUCCAAAGGUAUUCCCCAUGACCGACAAGACAUAUUUGGGUCUCACAGGCUUUGCUAGUGAUGUCCAAACACUCUAUGAAUUAUUCCGUUAUAAAGUAAACAUGUAUAAAUUCCGUGAAGAGCGCCAAAUUGAACCAAAGACCUUCGCCAACUUGGUGUCCACUUCCCUUUACGAAAAAAGAUUCGGACCUUACUUUUCUUUCCCAGUAGUUGCUGGUUUAGCUAAAGAUGACAACCCUUUUAUUUGUGGAUUCGAUUCCAUUGGUUGUAUUGACUUUGCUGAUGACUUUAUCGUGAGCGGCACUGCUGCUGAACAACUUUACGGUAUGUGCGAGUCCGUAUACGAGCCCAACCUCGAGCCUGAAGAUUUGUUUGAAACCAUUUCACAAGCUCUCUUAAACGCUCAGGACCGCGAUGCAAUUAGUGGUUGGGGUUGUAUUGUCUACAUCAUUACACCUGACAAAUGUGUGAAACGACUUGUAAAGGGUCGUCAAGAUUAAAUUUCGUUUAUGAAUGUUUACCUUUGUUUACUUGGCUCGUUUGUCUUGUUUUAUCGUAAUGUACAACCACGUACUUUGACAUGUUCCCGGAAAAAGAUUGAUACCUUUUUAUAUGUGCUGUUUUCCUUCUUCUCUUACCGUCCUUUCUCGCCCACAUUCCAUAGAGUUCUUCAUCAUCUACUUACUUUACUUUAUUUACGCUUGACGCUUUUGUCUUUCUUUUUUUUUUUUUUUUAUGUAGUCGUAUACA